CGGCCCGCGGGGCGCGGGAUGCGAUGUGAUUGGCUGAGCGGCGAACACGCCAGGUUAGGUUGCAGCCUCGGAGAGCGUGAAUGAAAUGUGCGGGCUGGCGGUGAGGGAGUGCGGGCAGAGCGCCUGCGGCCGGUGAGAGGUCGCCCCGUGUCGGGUUCAGUCGCUGCGCUCGUACCACGCCCAGCCCGUCACCCCGGGAGAUGCCCUCCGUGCUGGCAAUGCUGGGCCCUCUGGCCGCCCUGCUGCUCACCGUGCUCGCACAGCGGCCAGCGCAGGGAGCCGGGCUGCCGGACAGCGUGAUCUGGGCGGUGAAUGCCGGCGGAGAGGCCCAUGUGGACAUACACGGGAUCCACUACCGCAAGGACCCGCUGGAGGGCAGAGUGGGCCGGGCUUCAGACUAUGGAUUGAAACUGCCUAUUUUGAGAUCUAACCCAGAAGAUCAGAUCCUAUACCAGACAGAGCGCUAUAACGAAGACAAUUUUGGAUAUGAGAUUCCCAUUAAAGAAGAGGGAGAGUAUGUCCUGGUGUUGAAGUUUGCAGAGGUGUACUUUGCACAAUCCCAACAGAAGGUGUUUGAUGUGCGUGUGAACGGCCACACUGUUGUGAAGGACUUGGAUAUAUUUGAACGUGUGGGACAUAGCACAGCCCAUGAUGAAAUUAUCCCCAUAAGCAUCAGGAAAGGGAAACUAAGUGUACAAGGAGAAGUUUCCACCUUUACAGGGAAGCUCCAUGUUGAAUUUGUAAAGGGGUAUUAUGAUAAUCCCAAAGUUUGUGCUUUAUUCCUAAUGAAAGGAACAUUAGACGAAGUUCCAAAGCUACAGCCUCACCCUGGCUUAGAGAAGAAGGAGGAGGAAGAAGAGGAGGAAGAGGAUGAUGGAUCCACUAGCAAGAAGCAGAAUAACAAGAACCGCGUGCAGUCUGGCCCACGCACCCCAAACCCAUAUGCCUCUGACAACAGCAGCCUCAUGUUCCCCAUCUUGGUGGCCUUUGGCGUGUUUAUCCCCACACUAUUUUGUCUGUGCCGACUAUGAGGUGCCAGAUGUCAUUUGUUAGUUGGGUUUUCUUUUUUUUUUUUACUUUUUGCAUAUUAUUUUUUUUUUUUUUUAAGUAACCAUGAAAUCCCCACUGAGGCUAGGAGUUCAUUGGUUAUGAAGUAGGAGAACUGGACCUUUUGCAGACAUCAUAGGGGUAAUUGUAUAAUAGAUACAUAGCUGCAGGGCCUAUCUGAGAGCAAAAUCCCUCCCUCCUGCAGAUCGUAUCUGGGUUUGGUUCUGAUAAAAGGGCAAGCACUUUUUAUGUUUUAACAACUGAACUGGAAAAGGAAGUGGUGCUGGUACGAAUAUAACUCUUUGUGCCGGAGUUGCUGCAACCUCUGCACACGUUACAGUGCCUGGUUUCUUCUCUGUUUUGUUCUACCUUGUUAAAUUCCUUGGAGUAGACAUUUUAAGUGGCCCAGAAACUACAGUGUGGAGUUCUAGGCGGACAAUACAUGAUUAUUCAUCGAUGCAGUCAUCAGUGAGAGGGGGCAGUAGCCAGGAUGGUGACAGUGCAAUGUCUUCCUGCCGUGAACACAGUGGGGUAGCAGCUGAGCCAAUGAAAAGACCCAGUUUUCAUGACUGUAUAUUUCCAGAUGUUCUUGUAACGACCACAGUGAUCUGAUUUGUUUCUGCACCAUAGCUCCUGUUAAAGGAUGCAGGGUUGUGUACUUCAUGCUCAGUCUUUGCAAACUUUUUUAAAUUACUACACUCCUUUGUCUUUUCAUAUGCAUGUAUGCUACAAGCUGUCUGUGAGGUCUGUUAAAAUGCUACGAGGUACUAUGUUUCCCCCAAGCAUAUGUUUCUGCAGUAUGUAGCUGCUACAUUCAAGGAUUCUGAUUUUUAUUUUUUAAUUUUAUUUUUAUUUUUACUAAACGGCCACCCCAACCAUUUGUUUUCCUUGGUUAACUUUAAUGUGGGCAAGGAUGUAGGUUACAGUCCCCCAAACAUCUAACAAAUUGAGCUUCUGCACCCUAGUAUGCAAUACCGUGUCAGU